UGUCUGUCUCUGUGUCUGCGUCUCCAUCAGUAUGAACCUGCCGCUGCUUCUGCUCUGUGUUCUCCUGGAGCUCCUCGUGGUGAGCUGUCAGGAUGUGAUACAGGGCCGUAUCGUGGGUGGAUACGUCCCGGCGCCGUACUCCAUCAUUUGUAUUUUAAAGCAGAAGGCGGCAAACAUGAGGAUCGUGGCUGGAGAUUUUUCUGUGGGAUUAUAUGAGGGGACGGAGCAGUUCCGCAGGCCUCAUGUUUUAAUACCUCACCCGCAGUACAACAAAGCCACCAAUAACGCAGACAUCAUGCUCAUUAAGCUGCAGUCUCCCAUCUAUGUGAACAGCUAUGUGUCUCUGGCGCCGCUGCCUCGGCAGGACGCUAUGGUGGCCGUGGGUCGCGUGUGCAUGGUGUCCGGCUGGGGCUUCACCACUCCAACGGGAGGAAUCCCUGCAACCCUGCGCACGGUCAAGUUGCCCAUCGUGUCCAGCACAGUGUGUAACGCCACGGACUCUUUUAAUGGAAACAUCACUGAGAAUAUGAUCUGUGCAGGAUACAGCGAAGGAGGAAAAGACGCAUGUAAGGGUGAUUCUGGAGGGCCGCUGGUGUGUGAGGGCCGUGUCUAUGGCAUCGUCUCCUGGGGCAAUGGCUGUGCUGAUGCCCAGUACCCCGGCGUCUACACGUCCGUCUCGAGGUUUCGUCAAUGGAUCGAUGGAACUAUAUUUGGCUUUUAUGGAAGGUGCCUCAAGUAUUAGACUGCAGUGUUACCCCAGCACUCCCCUAAUCGAACUUGAAACGGCCUCGAAACAUGCCAACAUGAAUACUGUUGCUACUUUCUUCUAUUUGAAAAGUUAGGACUUUUGAUGAUUUCCAGACGAGUACAACGCUGUUCUGAAACAGCACAUUUGUUCCUCAACAGCUGGUAGACCUUUUUUUAAACACCGUAGUUUGUGCAAACUGUUCCUUAAAUGUGCCAUAUUGCUGCUUCCCUGCAAUGUCAGUGAAAACUAACAAUAGAAAGCUGAAGGAAUAUUUUAAAAACAACACAACAAAUUGUGAACGCUUUUAUAUGGAAUGGUACAUGUGAGAACGAAAUAUUCAUAACAUUAAAAUGAAUUUAAUCAAACAGACUUUCAUUUGGACUGUAACCAAACUGGUUACACACUUGAAAUGAAUAGUU